UGCGUGAUCGCGAAAGGCACGUUUGCGGUUUAAUUGCAUGGGAAGUUUAGUUCAAUACUCAUUUUAAAUUAGAGCGUUGUUCCACAAGAUCUCAAAACUCGAUUUACUGCACCUUCAACCCCAAAAGUCUAUAGUUGAUCUAACACAACUCGAAGCACUUGGAGUCAUUUUCGUGAUGAGAGGCCGUAGAGUUGGACUGUGUGAGACUCAAACUGAAACGACCAGAGUGGUUCUCUUGGGAAAAGAAGGAGUCGGAAAAUCAGCUUUUGCAGUAAGGUUCCUUACUCGAAGAUUUAUCGGUGAAUACGACAAGGACUUGGAGUCAUCGCAUCGUCAAUUCCUUGACUUAGACAAGAGACGAUGUAUUCAGGUACAUGACACUGCAGGCGAGAUUACUAGUGCAGCCAUACAGAGGCUCGCUACCCAAGCGGAUGUGUUCAUAAUCAUCUACUCCAUCACGGAUAGACACAGCUUCCAAGAAGCAAAACGCUUUGUCUGCACAACAAUCAAUAGUAGGAACCCUCAUAACCUACCGCACAUAUUAUUGGUUGGAAACAAAAAGGACUUGGAGCACCUGCGAGAGGUUAGCGACUUAGAGGGGGCUGAGCUGUCAAGGCAAUUUUCUUGUUCCUUUCGCGAGAUUUCUGUAUCAGAAAGAGACGGGUAUAGAGAGGUGAGUGAGGUGAUGCGGACGGCAUUACGUGACGUCAUGUGCAAGAAUGUUGUCACGCAAUCUCAAGGCCGAAAGUCUUCCAGCUCUGGCUGGUAUCUAACCAAAAUGAAGGAGGGAAUCAUAAAGAGGACUGGGUCCAUCAGGAAAAAAUCUUUGACUCAGUCACGCGAUAUUGCGUGAUGUGUGCAAGGUUGUCACGUAACUUCCGAGCCAAGCUGGGUCGUUAGUUUAAUCAUUUGCAUCCAAGGCAGCCACCUUCAAUUGUAAAGUGACAAAAGGCAAAACGACAAUACACAAGCCCUGUUAGGAAGGAGGCCAAAACAUUGCUGCCUUGUUUUGGGCGGUAUGGCUCACCCGUCACCACCAACCUCUUGAUGAGAGAGGGGGAGGGAUACUCGGUAAUAUGUGGCACCGCCAAACUCUGGAAAGGGAAGGGGAUAUAACUUUGUAGCAUCAACAACCUCUGGAGAAAGGGGGUGCUAUGUUCCACCUACCACCUCUGCACCACAUGGUUAAACACUGUCCGCAAAGAUGCAAACUACAAAAAGCACCCUACAAACAAUGAUAAAUAACUGGUAGUCGACAACUGGUAUUCGACAAAUAUUCGUCUUUAAUAAGACUUUACCACCUGUUCACGCCAGACUUCUUAAAAGUCGAAUAUUUGGUCGGCUACUAGGUUUUGUUGAAGUACACCCAAUCGCUAUUCAGCUUAUUUACAAUGAAAAGUAGUCUGCCAUGAAAGAGACGGGCAACGAGAUUCAUUGGAACACAAAAGUAGUAGGCUAGUAUUAGUGAGGGUGGAAAACUAAAGUAGUUAACAUGAACUCAAAACGAGACGAUGCUAUACAUUUCUAGGAAAGACGACUAAAUUAGUGAGAGUUACGGUGAGAGUUAAGGUUAUUAUCGAAAAAAGGUGCUUCAGUGCCCGUACAUGCGUUGGACAGCAUUUAGUGACAAUUUAACAAAAGAUACAAUGUCAAUUCCAUGACAUUUAAAUUUGGAUGAACUUCAGAAUACCCUUCUUCAAAAGGGUUCACAAUGAGACUAGUGCGUGGGCGCAUUUCAUUUUUUACCUCUUACUUACAUUUUUUACAUUUGUCAAAUACUACUUGAAUAUUACGCUCGUUCUUACAACGUUUUAUGUGAUAAGUUGAUGUGUAAGACAAGUUCAACUGUA